AUGAAGUACGGGCGGUACCUGAAGGAGAACCAGAGGCCUGAGUGGAAGAGGUUUUACCUCGACUACUCAGGCCUCAAAGACCUCAUCAAGGAGUGCGCGGACAACAACUCCCUCAGCUCCUUCACCCCCAGGGUCACGUCGCUCUCGGUCCAGCGCCCGGACCUGAAGGACCUGGCGCCGGAGGAGAAGUUCUACAAGUGCCUGGACGACGAGCUGAGCAAGAUCGGUGACUUCACCGGGAAGCAGAUGGCGACGCUGCGGGAGCGGCUGAACAAGCUGAUGGACGACAGCGAGGCGUACCUGAGCAAGGCCGGGGGCAGCAAGGGCAUCGACAAGGAGAGCGCCGCGCACAGGGCGCUGAUGGAGGCCGCGAAGAAGAUCGGGGACGAGUACCUGGCGAUGGAGAAGUACGUCAACCUGAACUACAUGGGGUUCCACAAGAUCCUGAAGAAGCACGACAAGAACUGCCCGAACAACGCGAUCAAGCCGUUCUACAUCUCGCGGCUGCACCAGCAGCCGUGGGUGCAGGGCAACUUCAGCGACGUGCUGGUCAGCCUGUCGUCGAUCUACAGCCUCCUGCGCGGGGACGCGUCGGGGCAGAAGAACGAGGACAGCGCGCAGGGGUUCGUCCGCAGCACGACCAAGUACUGGGUCCGCACGUCGGACGUGUCGCUGGUCAAACACUUCAUCCUGCAGCACCUCCCCGUGUUCCAGUUCGACAAGAACAACUUCUCCGGGGACGCGCAGCUGAUCAACUCGGUCUACUUCGACAACAGCAACCUCGAGCUGUACCACGGGCGGCUCGACAAGCGCCCCGGCGCCAUCGCGCUGCGCCUGCGGUGGUACGGCAACGGCGAGCCGGAGCAGGUCUUCGUCGAGCGGAAGACGCACAAGGAGUCGUGGAAGGGCGAGGAGUCGGUCAAGGAGCGCUUCAUCAUCCCCGAGGAGAAGGUGAUGCCCUUCCUCAAGGGCGGGUGGACGCUGGAGAUGGCGCAGCAGGAGCUGCGCGACGCGGGGAAGAACGAGAAGGAGAUCGCGAAGUUCUCCGAGCUCUUCCGCGAGGUCCACCAGGCCGUCGACGCCAAGCAGCUCACGCCCAUGGUCCGCACGCAGUACAUGCGCACGGCCUUCCAGAUCCCGUUCGACGCGACGGUGCGCGUGUCGCUCGACACCAACAUGUGCAUGAUCAAGGAGAACCCGGACGACGGCCCCACGUGCCUCGACUCGGACCGCUGGUACCGCGACCCCAACAUCGCGCCCACGCGGACGGAGAUCACGCGGUUCCCGCACGCGAUCCUGGAGAUCAAGCUGAGCCUGCCGGACGGCGAGCAGCCGCCGCAGUGGGUCCAGGAGCUCCUCGCGUCGGGCUACCUGACGGAGGUCCACAAGUUCAGCAAGUUCAUCCACGGGACGGCGACGCUGCUGCCCGACAUGGUGCAGGCGGUGCCGUACUGGAUCGACGACGAGUCGCUGCGGCCGUCGAUCCAGGCGUGCGCGCCGGACGUGCCGGCGUCGGCCACGAACACCCCGCAGCCGCGCGUGCUGGGCCCGCAGGUCGACGAGGCGGGCCCGAGCCAGACCGCCGGCAUCGCGAUGCCGCAGGCCGGCGGCGCGAGCGGGGAGCAGGCGGUGAUCCCGAACAAGCCGCGCAGGAAGCCGCGCGACGACGGCGACCUGCGGCACCCGCUGCUCGGGUCGACGCCCACGCUGCAGCUCAUCCACGGCCGGCCGCCGCAGGUGGGCGCGCAGGGCGGGUCGCGCGAGAACCCCGGGCUCACGCAGUUCUUCACGCAGCUGCUCACGUGCUGCGGGCUGUGCGCCGCCGCGGACGUCCCCGCCGCCGCGGGCCCCGCGCACGACAAGCCCCGGAAGAUCCCGAUGCGCAUCGAGCCGAAGACGUACUUCGCGAACGAGCGGACCUUCCUGAACUGGAUCCACAUGUCGAUCGUGGUCGGCACGAUCGCGUCCGCGCUGCUCGGGCUGUCGGGCCAGGCGGAGGGCGGCGCGGAGGGGCAGCUCAACUGGAGCGUGGCGCUCAUCUCCAUGGUGAUGCUCCCGGUGGCCAUCAUGAUCGCCGUGUACGCGCUCUACACGUUCUACUGGCGCAUGGCGAUGAUCCGCCGGCGGGAGGUGUCGUUCUUCGACGACAAGUACGGCCCGCUGGUGCUCGCCGGCGUCAUCGUGUUUGCGCUCUCCAUCAUCUUCGUCGUGUCGCUGAUCGACUUCGUCCAGAUGCUGUCGUGA